GGAAGAGACAGCAAAACAUUGAUUGUUCAUUAUUCUCCAAAGUAUCCAAAGUUUGAAACCAAAUUCAUAGAUCUGUUGAUCAAUUCAAGCAGUGGUUACCUGCUUAGAUCAGAUGAGACAGUGACCAUGAAUUGCUCAGCUGAUGGAAACCCUGCUGUAACUUGUACCUGGACUUGUUCUCCUACAAAUUGUGGUAGUUUACCAAACGCUUGUGAGAUCAACAAUGUAAAUGUUAUUAAUUCCACAACCAUCACAUGUACGGUUGGUAAUGGUGUUUGUGGAGGUGGUACUACCAGCGUUACGCAACACAUAACAGUGGUUCCUAAAACUAGAGUACCAUACAUAGUGGUUGAUGGAUCAACAACAACAGUUUCUAUCAUCAAAAGAAACAAAACAGAAAGUUUAAGAUUAGCUUGUGGAAUACAAAACCAGAAUGAAAUGAACACGUUGCUAGUUUGGAAGAAAGAUGGAUUUGUUCGUUCAAUUGGAUCAUUAUACAUACCUAGUGUGGCAUCAUCAGAUGAUGGUUUAUAUGUUUGUGAAACAUCUGAUGCUUUCGGAAACUUUUCUACUUCUGUUAGUUUGCAGGUUCUUUAUCCUGCAGAACAGUUUCAAAUCACCAAUGCCAUAGGUAAUCAAUGUGAAUGGGGAACUGUUGGGCCACAAUAUUGCAACAUCACAUUCUCACUGAAUCCAGUAACACAUUCUGCCAUUUUAAAGAAAAAUGGGUUGAUUGCUGAUAAUGAUUUCAAAUAUAAACCUCAGAGCACGAACAUUCAAAACUAUGUAUUCAUGAAGAAUCAGCCAACUCAAAAUGACACUGGUUCAUACACAUUGACAGUGACAUCAUCAACUUUUACUCCUGUCAUCUUCCCAUUCACAGUUCUUGUUUCAAAUCCUAUUGUAGUUCCUAAAGAUAACACAGCUACUAUUGUUGGGGCAGUUCUUGGUUCAAUAAUUGCGAUUCUUCUGAUCAUAAACAUAUUUCUUGUUGUUAAACUUCAUAGAAACAAGAAACCUAAAACUUUCCACCCAAGAUCUGAGGGAAACACCAACACUGCAGCUGAUGAUUAUGUUGAGUUGAACCAACCAACCAACCGCAGCCAUACAAGCCAACCUGUUGUGGUAAGAAGUGGUUUUUGUUUUAAUAAUUUAAGACAAAUUACGCACAAAAAAAUAAUUUUUUUGAAAUAUUGAAAAGGAGUGAGUUUAAUUGUA